AUGGAAGAUUUGGAUGCUCUCCUGGCUGAUUUGGAGAGCUCCACCUCUCCCCUGGCUCGAUGCCCUGUACUAUUGACGUCUGACCCUCCUGCGACCUCUGACACCACACCUGGCAGCACCCAAGAUUCUGUGCAGUCCAGGCCACCCCCUCCAGCAUACACACCUCAGCAAACUGUUUCUGCAGCAAUGAAGUCAAAUGGUUCUCAGAAUCCUAACACAGACAAACUUUACAGCACUGUGUGUAAGCCUCGCUCCCCACGCACCCCAGAUCCUCCUCCUGCCUUCUCCUCCUCUGUCCUGGGAGGAGGCCUCAGUGAGCUGGACCACCUACUGCAGGAGUUAAACGCUACACAAUUCAAUAUCACUGAUGAGAUUCUGGCCCAGUUCCCGACCAGUAAGAAAGAUGACAGGGAUAAAAUGAAGGAUGUCCAAAGCUCAAAGACAAGCUCCCCGUCUUCAACUGGCUCAGCUAAGCCUUCAGCCACGUCUGCCACUCUGGAACUGGACAAACUCAUGGCCUCCCUGUCUGACUUCAGAGUCCAAAGCACUGUGAGUAUUUAUGUGCCCGCUGCCCCCGUCAAUCCGGUGGUCACAUCCCCACAGCAGCCUGCCCAGCCUCCCCCGUCAGCCUCUGGUGGAUCAUUGGACAGUAUGCUGGGGCUUCUCCAAUCAGAUCUGAGCAGGCAGGGAGUGCCUACCUCGUCAAAGGGAAACUGCUCUGCCUGUCAGAAGCCAAUUGUAGGACAGGUUGUGACAGCCCUGGGGAGGGUCUGGCACCCAGAACACUUUGUGUGCUCUGAGUGUGAGUGUGAGCUCGGGAACAGAAACUUUUUUGAGAAAGAUGGCCGGCCAUACUGUGAGCCUGACUACUUUACCCUGUACUCACCCCACUGUGCACAAUGCAACAAGCCCAUUCUCAACAAAAUGGUCACUGCGCUGGAUAAGAACUGGCAUCCAGAAUGUUUCUGCUGUGUGAAGUGCGGUCGGACAUUUGGGGAUGAAGGAUUCCAUGAUCGUGAGGGUCAGCAGUACUGCCAGCAAUGCUUUUUGUCCCUCUUUGCUUCCCGUUGUCAAGGCUGUUCUCAGCCCAUUAUGGAGAACUACAUCUCAGCCCUCAAUUCCCUGUGGCAUCCACAAUGCUUUGUUUGCAGGGAGUGCUACAGCCCAUUUGUGAAUGGCAGUUUCUUCGAACAUGAGGGACAGCCUCUUUGUGAAGCUCACUACCACCAGUCACGCGGCAGUAUGUGUCAGGCCUGUCAGCAGCCCAUCCUGGGGCGUUGUGUGACAGCCAUGGGUGCCAAGUUUCACCCUCACCACCUGGUGUGUCACUUCUGCCUGAAACCACUCAGCAAAGGCUGUUUCAAAGAGCAAGAAAACAAGCCCUACUGCCACCCCUGCUUCCUAAAGCUCUUUGGAUGAAAGCAAAUGAAAAGGAGUGGUGAGAGGUGGGAGUAGUGA